UGAAUGGAGGACAGUAAAAGAGUUAAAAAAGUUUUUUAAAGGAGCUACGGAUGUCUAUCACAUGUCUAUGUCUAGGCUUAUGUGGUGGUAUAAAAAUAGUAGGAUAGUUGUAAAAGUACUGUUUGUUUGUGUUAUCUUGUUAAUGUGUACCACUUAAAACAAUUACAAAAGGAUUAAGAGGGAAAAUAGAAACUAUAAAAUAGUUUUUAAUCUACUGUGGCGAUAUACUCUUAGGCUUAAAAUAAACUGAGUUUAUCAACCAACUGAAAUACAAUGCAAGUUGUGAGGAACUGUACAAAUUCGUUAAAAGCAGUUACCUUUAGAUGUUUAAGUAAUAAUGUUAAACCAAACAAACAAGCCAAUCUGGCUGAUACUUUCAUAAACAGAAAUCCUAGGAACUUGGAAAGAAUGAGAAUUGCUUAUAAACCUGAUGGUUAUCACAUAGACAAGCCAGGAAAGAGUUAUUGGCACAAAUUAGAACUAAAGGCUUCAAAUAAAUAUGUCACAGCUUUUGUCAAUCAUUUUGAGAAUGGGGAAGUUCUUAAAGCUUGUACUUCUGAGUGGUGUAUAAAGAAACAACUUUAUAAGUCAAAAGAUACUACAGCAUAUAUAAAUUUAGGAAGGAUACUAGGAUAUAGAUGUCUUCAGACUGGUUUAACUGAACUGAGGUGUGAUAUACAUCCACCAAAUGAAGAUGGAAAGGUUGCACUGUUUCUAAAGGCGUUGGAAGAAGCUGGAGUCAAGCUUCAAGAACCUCCCCAAUAUAAGACUCCUUACCCAUGGGAUUUACAUAGACCAGAAAAGCCUUGGGAAGUUACAGAAUGAGUUUAAAACGAUGUACUGUUAAUGUUAUUUUAAUUUGAUAAUAAAGACAUAUUAAUUCAA